GGUCGGAAGUGACGGCGGGAGGAAGCUCCGUCCCGUUUGAAAGCGCCCGGCGGAGCCGCCGCCGCCGCCGCUGCCUGUUCCCCGCCCGGGCCGCCAUGGCCGCCUUCGCCAUGGAGCCGCCGCCCGCAGGAGCUGAGCCAAUGACUCUUGGCUCCCCGACAUCUCCCAAACAAGGAGCUGGUGCUCAGUUUCUUCCCGGGUUUUUGAUGGGCGAUUUACCUGCGCCAGUGACUCCCCAGCCACGUGCUUUAUGCGGCCCUUCAGUUGGAGUAAUGGAAACGAGGUCUCCGCUACUUGCAGGAGGAUCUCCCCCACAGCCAGUCGUCCCUACUCAUAAAGACAAGGGUGGUGCUCCCCCAGUUAGGAGCAUUUAUGAUGAGUUAUCUAGUCCUGGGCUUGGAUCAACACCUCUAACCUCAGGAAGACCAGCCAACUUCUCCUUGACACAGAGCCCAUCUGUUGGAAUUCUACCAUCAACUCCAGGCACAGCUUCAAGUGUGUUCAGUCCUGCAAGUAUUGGGCAGCCUAGGAAAACUACUCUAUCUCCUGCUCAGCUAGAUCCUUUUUACACUCAAGGUGAUUCCCUUACUUCAGAAGAUCAGCUUGAUGACACAUGGGUAACUGUAUUUGGGUUUCCUCAAGCAUCAGCUUCCUAUAUUCUUCUACAGUUUGCUCAGUAUGGAAACAUAUUAAAGCACGUGAUGUCCAACACAGGAAACUGGAUGCACAUUCGAUACCAGUCGAAGCUUCAAGCCCGGAAAGCCUUAAGCAAAGAUGGAAGAAUUUUUGGUGAAUCCAUCAUGAUUGGUGUCAAGCCCUGCAUAGAUAAAAGUGUGAUGGAAAACUCUGAAAGAAGCUCUGCCUCCUCAAUGUCUUCGGUUUUCACUCCACCUACAAAAUCUACUGGCACACCAGUACAGCCUGCAAAUAAUACUACGAGGAUUUCUACAAUGAGACCUCUUGCAACAGCAUAUAAAGCUUCCACCAGUGACUAUCAGGUGGUUUCUGACAGGCAGACUCCUAGGAAAGAUGAAAGUAUUGUAUCCAAAGCAAUGGAAUAUGUGUUUGGCUGGUAAUACCCAGGAGGAAGUACCACACUCAGCUGGUCAGGGUUUGAGGUGUCAUCCGUGGUUAGUUGUAUAACUACUGGUGUAAUUUUAGCUCCCACUGCGCCUGUUAUGCCUUCAGUUAAUUCAGCAGACAUGUAGCUUGCACUUUAAAUGAUGGCAAUGUACACAUGGUUUUGCAAACUGAGUAAGUGUAAAUAAAACUGCUUUAUUCCCA